UGUUAUUUGCUAAUAAUGGGUCGUACUAAAUCGUCAGUAAAUAAAUAUUUUGAUUACUGUGGACCGUCUGAUAAAUCAACAUGCAAAGAAUGUUCAAAAGAAUUACAAGGUAAUCAUGCAUCAAAUUUAAAAAAACAUUUGAAACAACACGAGGAAUUAUAUAAUGACUUUAUAGAUAAUCAAAGUCAAAUUACUUAUAAGUCAAAUAAAUCUCAAGUGAAAAUAGAUGCACUACUUAGGUCAAGCUAUGAAGUUAAAGUAAACAUUACCCCAAAAAAAGUAAUUGAUGCAUGUGUGGAAUUUGUUACGGUGAAUGGCCGUCCUUAUAGUAUAUUGAACGAUAGUGGGUUUAAGAAAAUACUUAAUCCAAUGUUAAGCGGAUUUAAAAACAAAAUAGUUCUGAAUUCAACUUCUAUCAGGAGGCAUGUUCAUGAAGAAUGUAUAGUACUUAAAAAACAGAUUUCAAUUGAAAUACAGAACAAAUUGAUGCAGUUACUAGGUUAAAUAGAAGUUUUUUGGGAUUAAAUAUUCAAUACAUUGCUAAUGAAUGUAUUCAAUUAAGAACAAUUGGUCUUGUUGAACUAACAGAGUCUCAUACAGGAGCAUAUUUAAAAGAAAUUAUUCUACAGACAUUAAAAAAAUUCAAAGUUAAACCAAAUCAGCUGUAUACAAUUACCACCGAUAAUGGAGCAAAUAUAGU